ACUUGGGAGUUUUGUUUUUCCCAGUGUCUGGAAUUUUCAUGGGAUGCGUGUGUCUCAUGCUGCUUAAUAGGGGCUGUGAAUCUCAAAUCCAGCAACCGAAACCCAGUGGUACAGGAAUUUGAAAGUGUGGAACUGUCUUGUAUCAUUACGGAUUCACAGACGAAUGACCCCAGGAUUGAAUGGAAGAAAAUUCAAGAUGACCAGACCACAUAUGUGUUUUUUGACAACAAAAUUCAGGGAGAUUUGGCAGGUCGUGCCGAACUCUUGGGGAAAACCUCUCUAAAGAUCUGGAAUGUGACCCGGACAGACUCAGCUCUUUAUCGCUGUGAGGUGGUUGCUCGAAAUGACCGCAAAGAAAUUGAUGAGAUUGUUAUUGAGUUAACUGUGCAAGUGAAGCCAGUGCCACCUGUGUGCAGGGUGCCAAAGGCUGUGCCUGUGGGCAAGACAGCAACGCUGUACUGCCAGGAGGGUGAGGGCCACCCCCGGCCCCACUACAGCUGGUACCGCAAUGACGUGCCGCUGCCUACAGACUCCAGAGCCAACCCCAGAUUUCGAAAUUCAUCUUUCCUUUUAAACUCUGAAACAGGAACUCUGGUUUUCAGCGCCGUCCACAAGGAGGACUCUGGGCAGUAUUACUGCAUUGCUUCCAAUGAUGCAGGCUCAGCCAGGUGUGAGGAGCAGGAGAUGGAAGUCUAUGACCUCAAUAUCGGCGGGAUUAUUGGGGGGGUCCUGGUUGUCCUUGCUGUCCUGGCCCUGAUAACAGUAGGCAUCUGCUGUGCAUACAGGCGUGGUUACUUCAUCAACAAUAAACAGGAUGGGGAAAGUUACAAGAAUCCAGGGAAGCCAGAUGGAGUCAACUACAUCAGGACAGAUGAGGAGGGUGACUUCAGGCACAAGUCCUCCUUCGUGAUCUGACGUGUGACGACGUGGCCCAGGGAGUGCACGCGAAUACCUCCACUAGCAGUACCCGCGACGAGCAGCCCGGACAGUGCCUCCGGAGAGCUGGGUACCUGUGCAAAAGCUUUGUUUUGGCCAAAGUUGACCGCUACUCCUUUCUUACUAUUUAACAAGCCACAAGAAUAAAAGAAUUUUCCUCAAGAUGGGCACAGUCGCCACAGGAAAAGAAACCAAGGGAGUUCACUGAGGCUGGUUCUGUUUCUGGCCUGGCUUCCCCGAGGGCUAGGGUGACCCGAAGCUCUUGCUCACGGGCUCUGCUGGGCUGGCACCGUGGGCUUGAGAAACCAUGUCAUUUUUCACUCAGUGUCGUCUGCAGGGUGGAGCCCCACGUGAGGGGCAGCGAGGCAGCCGUGAGCACCAGUAGUGCAGGUCUUGGAAAUGUUAACCAUGGCUCGAAACCCUGUAGCUCUAGAGUCUGAAUCGGUGAAUCCAGGAAACAGGCUUUUUAUAUACAAUGACCUUGUUUCACAGAGGCCCACAGACAGCACCACCCCAUUUCUUCUCAAAGGCUUUGUUCAUCAGUGUUUUGUGUCCAUCUUGGAGAAUCUCUUUGGGUCAGCAUUUUGUAAGAAUAGCCAAAGUCAAGAAGGUAAAUUGCUUGUUGCAAGAAGGGGUCCUCCCUGUGGGAACCCUGUUUGUCCAUGGAGGGUUUCAGUAUUUAAGCAAAACCUUCAUUUUAGGCUAAAUCUGAAAUGGUACUGAAAUAAUGUUCUGCUUUUCUAUGGGUGUUAAUUUUAUAAAAUUUUACAUUCUAAAUUUUUGCUAAAGAUGUAUUUUGAUUAUCGAAUAGAAAAUUUCUAUUUAAACUGUAAAUACGUUGUCAUACAAUAUUAACCUAUUUUUUAAAAAAUAUUCAACAUAAGGGUUCCAAGUUACUGAUGUUAAUUGGAAAAUACCAGUAAUUAAGAGUAUUUUAACCCAAAGGAUCCUCUCAAGGAGGCUUACUGAAACAUUCCUUUUUGUCUACAUUAAGUUUUAGCAUUUUUCACAAGAGAAUUAGGCCAUCUAUACAUCAGACCAUUGUUACUUAGGAAACCAUUAAAAAAAAAUCCCUGUUGAGCAAUGUUGCAUCUUUCCAAAACAUAAGCUUUGAACUGCCUCUUCCUUAGAUUCCUAGAGCUGCCUAUGCCCAGGGACCACACAGAAGCCUCAGGCAUACACACAGACCACGCUGGUCGGCCCCCAAGGCAGUCAGAUCCCCUAUGCUAAACUGGUUUUGGCUGCUGCCAUCUGAGGCUAGUAGGCAUGUCCACUGUGGUCCUUCAUGCCCUGAUGGCUGUGCUGAUUAUUAGUUCUCAUAGUGCUGUUUGUGUACCAUGUGUGCAUUGUCCUACCCAGGGCAGUUGUAAGGUGCACACUUCAGAAGAGGAGGGGGUCUCCAUGUGGCAUCCCAGCCUCUGGGUUCCAUGUUAGAGCUCUUUCUGGUUGUGGAUGGCUCAUGAAACAAAGCCGCUAUUGCUAUUUGGUUUGUAAAUUUAUUUUACCUAUUUGUGUAGUUCCCAGUACUGUCCAGGGCCAAAGGCAGUUUUGAAUAAUCUAUCAACUACAAUAUUUUUUAAAGGAAAUGAAUUCUGCUAUUCCUCGCAGCCAUGAAGAAAACACCGCACCACCACAGGGCUGGCUCAGUUGUGUGGUGGCAGCCAGGCCAGUGUUUGAAGAACAUCAGGUAGUGCAACCGGGACACAAAGCCUGGCAGCCAGGAAAGUAAAGCAGCCAAAUCAAAGGCAGUUUUCUAAUUUGAUUUUAGUUUUUAUCUACCCAAGACACUGCUGCUCACUUUGUGGGGCACAUGAGAAACAUCAUUCAAAGCCUUUGUUCUUCAAGAGCAGAUGUUCUUAGCCUCAGAUACAUUGCUCUGUUGAACUCCUGAUGUGAACUGGUUUGAAGCAAGGAGCUUCUCAAAAGGGGCACCUCUGCUCCACUGUGUGCUUAAACGUGGUUUCAUGUAGAAGAACAUAGUCAUCUUGGGAUUGAACUUUCAGUGUCUUAAUGUUUUUAUGGGUUUUUUGAAUACUUGAGAUUUGUGUUGACUUUUCUAAGUUAUGUGAAAAUACUUUGCCAUGGGGUAUCUGGCAGAGGCAGUGAGCUACCAUUUGUACUGCUUAAUGGUACCGCUCCUUUUGCAUUUGUGUCUUAAAUGCUUAGACUGAAGACUGUCCCUGCAUCUGCUCCUCUUGGUAGAAGAGAUGGCCUCCCCUCCUCUCACCGCAUAUGGUUGUCAUAACAAUAGGAUGGCCUUCCUGUCCCCCCUGCAUAGACCCUCAUGCCUACUACCUAGUGCUGUGUGACCUGGGCCUGGCAGAGCAGCGGGAAGUUCAUAGGCUCUGGGAAGGAGCUGCCCAAUGGCAGUGAUCAUGCAGUUGGAGGCUGCGCACCCGUGUUUGAGCUGCGCGUAUGGCUAAGCCUGAGGCCGUGUAGGGCCCCUUGGCCCUGAUUUACAGACUUGUACUAACACACCUGAGUUGGUAUUUGUUAAACCUCAUUUAUAAAAGCUUUUUAAAAAAUCA